AUGCAAACUAACCUACUACAAAAAUGCUGCAAUAUCGCUGAGAAUUGGUUCUGCCAUACGUGUGUAAAGUCCGUCAGUAAGAAUCAUGCCACUACGGCCGCUGAGUUGUCAGAAGGGAGCAAUACCUCUUUAUUAGCCGAGGUAAAAAAGAUAGCCGAAGAUAUCAAAGAGGUCAAGAUAUCGCUAGGAAAGCAGAGUGACCUAGCAUUCGAAAACAAUGAAAGAUUGAGAAAAAUAGAAGAAUUAGCACUGAAACAAGAAAAAAUCAUUGAAAAUUUAGUGAGUGAGAAUAAAACUCUUAAAUCACAAAUAAUUAUUCUCGAGUAUAAGCUUAACCAAGCAGAACAAGCUCAGCUGGCAAACAACGUGGAGAUAAGAGGUAUCACGGUUAAUCCGGAUAAAACGACAGAGGGCCUAGUUUGCUCCAUAGGAGCAGCUCUAGGUGUAAAAUUAUAUGUCGAAGACCUUAAUUUCGAGGAGAGAAAAAGGAGCAGAAGAGAAGACCCUCGGCCACCGCCCAUCGUCGUGCGGUUCGUCCGCCAGACACUACGCGAUGAGAUCAUACGCCUUCGCAAAGAAUAUGGUAGUGAUUCACAAUCUUAG